GCUCUGAAGCAAAGUUAUUACAGCAUACCAACAUUUCUGAAGAACACAGUCAGAGCAGUGCAACAGACUGUAAAUUAGACAGUGAAAAGAAAGACAGCAAGAAAAUAGUUUAAGGAGGAAGAAAGGAAACUGUGUUAGAGAGAGGGAGAGAGAGAGCAAGGGGGAAAAGAGAGAGAGAGAGAGUGGGGGUUCUAAUCAUUGGCCUCAUGUUGCAUUAGCUCAUUUGACACAACAGAAGUGUUGGCGGAAGAAUGUUAUUUCCCACAGGCCAGCUGGCCAUGAACACAGGGAUAUGGAUGUCCCCUAAGCGUGGAUACCGCUCUUGUUUGCUCCCUAUCAUUCUUUAUCUUCUUCAGCUUUUCAGCACCGGGGCAUCUUGGCAAAAUGUUUUUAGGUUUCAGGAGGAUAAGUGCCCAGGCCGACAGUGGAACGCCAUGUGCCGUACCUGCUGCGAGUAUGAGCAGAUUGCAUGUAAGUGCCCAUCUCAGGGAACGAAAGUGGGUUACACUGUACCAUGCUGUCGAAAUGCUCUGGAUGAGUGUGACCCCUGCAUCCUACACCAAGGCUGCAGCAUUUUUGACAACUGCAAGAGCUGCAAUAAUGGCACCUGGCAGGCCAAGGACGAUUUCUAUAUUAGAGGGCAGUACUGCACAGCGUGUCGUCGAGGGUGGUCUGGUGGAGAUUGCCUUACAUGUGGAGAAGUUAUACAUAGACCACAUGGCCAUGUAACAAUGGAGAGUUAUCCAAUCAAUGCAAAGUGUGAAUGGACUCUACAAGUUAACCAAGGAGCAACGAUUGAACUCAGGUUUUCAAUGAUCAGCAUGGAAUCUGACCAUAGCUGUAGCUAUGACUACGUGGAGGUGCGAGACGGAGACAAUCCAAAGUCACCUGUGAUAGGCAGAUACUGCGGGGACAAAAGCCCUCCACCCAUCAGAAGCUCUGGAAGCUCUCUACAUAUUCGCUUUGUGUCCGACGGCUACAAUAACUUUGAUGGCUUUUUUGCUACUUUUCAGGAAGUAUCAGGCCAAACACCACCUCUGUGUGUAACACCAAAGAAACCAGCGAACGGAGAUCUCUUCCUCCGGUACAAAGAAGGAGACAUUGUCAGUUCAGUGCAGUAUAUUUGCUAUAAACCCUUCAAGCUCAAGGGAUCAUCUCGGAGGGAGUGCAUGCCCAGUGGCACAUGGAGUGGAACUGCUCCUGUAUGCAUAAAAGAAUUGAUCAUAAAAGACUGUCCAACUGUACCGCAACUCCACAAUGGAUACUUCACAGAAUUUACAAGCUCUGAUGGCAAAAUUAAACAUGUGAAAUUUCAUUGCAACAAUACCUACAUUCUCAGUGGCGAUUCAAAAAGAACAUGCCAGACGAAUGGGACCUGGAGUGGCAGUCAGCCCCUGUGUGUCAGAGCUUGUAAGGAACCUAAAGUUUCAAAACUUGUGCGGCAGAGGGUUGUAAAAUACCAACUUCUUUCCAGGAAAACCCCGGUCCACAAGUUAUACUCCGCAUCAGCACAGGAAGGGACAGAAGCAGGCUUGCAAGAGAAAGAGCCCACUGUCAUCCUAGACUUGCCACCAACCUUUCAUAAUCUCUAUAGCAGUAUAGAUUAUGAGUGUGUCUCAAAACUUUACAAGCAUUCUGGUAGUGCUCGCCGCACGUGUCUUAAGUCUGGCAAGUGGAGCGGUCGGCAUUUUUCUUGUUCACCAGUAUGUGGUAAAUUAUCACUUGCCAGUCCCCAAAAUUUAACAGAGAUUUACUGGCCGUGGCAUGCUGCCAUAUAUACUCGCCUACACCAUGUCAGUCAUCUUAUAGGAAGGACCAAACGGCGGGGUGACACAUUUGCCAUAGAUGAGGAUGAGGAGCAAGAGCAGGUAAAGGAGGACCAGCAAUGGCAGCUUGUCUGUAGUGGAGCUCUGGUGAACCAGCACUGGGUCGUGGUGGCUGCCCACUGUGUUUCGGAGCCUGGACGGACAGAACAUCUCAGUAUAGAUGAUCUAAGUGUAGUCAUGGGAAAACAUGACCUCAAAGAGAGCAAGACACUACAGCACAUACAGAUCUCCCAGAUCUUGAUCCAUCCAAACUACGAUCCACAUCUCUUAGACUCCGACCUGGCCUUAUUAAAGCUGGUGGACAAAGCUCGAGUCAGUGAAUACGUGUCUCCUGUUUGCUUGCCACAUCUGCAGGGUGGGGAGGUCACCACAAAACAGGCCUUCCUCACUGGCUGGCCCAUAACAGGCCAACACAGGUCAGAAUCAAACGCGGACUUGGACGUAGCUCGGACUGGGCUGAUAGAAUUUGGCGAUGUGGUAAAAUGCGAAAAACAGUACAGCAAACACGGGGUCACAAUCAGUAUUACUGAUAACAUGCUAUGCGGACGGCAACAUCCACUCAGUCCUUCCACAAUCUGCCCUUCUGAAACUGGAGGAAUCAUCAUUGCACCCUCUGCUGAUACCCAGCUUAAUUUAGAACUGCAGCCUCUUUAUCCCAGGAGAGCAGGGGAAAAUCAUUCCCAUCACGAUUGGGAACUGCUCGGGCUAGUGAGCUUCGGGUAUGAUAUACAGGGAUGUGAUUCAAGUUUGUUUACUGUCUACACACGAGUAGCCAACUUUAAGACUUGGAUUGAGAAGAACAUUACAUAGAGCUUUAUAUCAAACAGAGAUUUUAUAUCCUUGUUCCAGAUCAUGGAGAUGAUACAGUUUUCAUGUGAUGUUUUUCAUCUAUAUGACAGGAUUGAUUUAUUAUUAAGCAAUAUUAGGGCGUAUCAAAUGGCACAUAGCACAAUACAACAAACAAAUCAAUGAUAAAGUGUGAAACCUGAGAUUUCCCAACUAGUUUAUGCCCACGCGUGCAUGUGAGGAUAUGUUUGUGCAUGGUCAGAUACAGAGGUAACGUUCCAUAUUAAUUCAGUCACAAGGUUUGCAGGCCUUAGCUUGCCAUUCGCCUUUCUUUAAGUCUCACUUCCCAUUGCACUUAUUUUUUACACAAUCAAUAUACUUUUGUCUUUUGUGCAGACAUGUAAUCCGAGAUAAAAACAUUUUUUAUGAUUUUGGGGAAUACAAUGUGAUAUGCAGCAUUUUAUUAAACAAAUUGUCGAGUUUGUAGCCCACAUGGACCAACCACGUGUAAGGCCAAAAGUUUGAUAGCUCAUAGUUUCUCAGAUAGCAAUCGACUCCGGGGUCGAUUGCUAUCUGGGUUGUUUCUUGCAACAACCAAUUGUA